AUCCUUCGAAGACCCGAUCCCGGUCUGUUCUCUCGCAGUGGAGUCUGCACAAUUUCUCGGAAUAUCAGAAAUGCCGGUACCCGAUAUGUUCCACAAGCUUAACCCCGGCUCGCCGGUCAGGGUUUGGCGCUGGAGCUCGGGACGUCCCCAACCUGGGGCGCGGGUUGAUGACAUCGAGCAACCGAGCACUCCGCCAGCCAGAGGCGGUGUCUACCUUCGGAGCAUAGACGAAUCUGCGACAACCGAUCAUGGAGCCUCCACCGGCCUCUUCUUCCGCAAGUUAUCACAGUCACCAUCACCGUCACAUCCUCCAACAACACACUCAGGUUUAACAAGAAGACGAACCUGCCACAUCGGCUUCGUCAAGCUCUCGCAAUUUAGAAUGUUCCUCAUCCUAACCCUCGUCUUCCUCGGCGGCUACGUCCACUACCUAUGGAAAGCAGAAGCCGCCCUCGGCGUCGCCUGGGUGCCCGAUCCGGAGGCCAGACUGUUUGAGCAGCGGCCGCUCCUCCCCCCCAUUAAGGAGACCAGCAUCGACACCUACACGCUGCCGCUGCACACAAAGGGCCGCGACGUCGUCGACGAGGAGGGGCGCCGCUUCAAGCUCCUGUCAGUCAAUUGGUACGGCGCCAGCGAUGAGCUGAACAUCCCCGGCGGCCUCGACGUUCAGCACCGCGACGUUAUCGCCCAGACUAUCCGCGGUCUGGGCUUCAACAGCGUGCGGCUCCCCUACAGCGACGAGAUGGUCAUCACCAACCCGCCCAUCCCCGCCGAGCUGCUCGCCGCGAACCCGGACCUCGUCGGCCUGAAAGCCCUCGACAUCUUCGAGGCCUGCGUGACGGCAUUGACCGACGCCGGCAUCGCCGUCAUCGUCAACAACCACAUCACACACUCGACAUGGUGCUGCGGUGCCGACCCCUGCGACGCCCACUGGGCCAACGAUCACCUCGGCCCGUUGUGUCGUAUCAAGCAGACCGAGGAGGACUGGAUCCAGCACUGGGAGGCCAUCAUGCUACGUUUCGUCGACAACCCACGCGUCAUCGGCGUCGACCUGCGUAACGAGGUGCGCGGCGUAUGGGGCUCGAUGACCUGGGACAAGUGGGCCACGGCCGCCGAGAAGGCCGGCAACCGGCUUCUCGCGAUGAACAAGGACUGGCUGGUCAUAGUCGGCGGCACGGAAUCCGGAAACGACCUCACCGGCGUCGCUAAGCGGCCCGUCAUCCUCGACGUCCCGGACCGCGUCGUGUACUCGGCGCACGUCUAUGCCUGGUCCGGCUGGGGAAGCCUGGAGGGACGUUACUCCAAGCGCAGCUACGCGUCCUUCGUCCAGUCCAUGAGGCACAACUGGGCUUACCUGGUCGAAGGCGACCAGUCGCCCGUGUGGGUUGGCGAGUUUGGCGCGCCGCACCGGCCCAACAUUGGCGACGCCAACUACUGGAACAACCUGAUGCGGUACCUCAAGGUGAUCGACGCCGACUUUGGUUAUUGGGCCGUCAACCCGCGCAAACCAAAGGACAAUGUCAAGGAGACGUACGCCCUCGUCGAGGACGACUGGGUCACGCCCGUGCUGGAUUACAGGAUGAAGGACAUGGUCGAGAUCAUGCGGGCCUAGUGCGCCUCGCAGUUUUGGCUGGACGAUGUCCAGAGUGGCGGUCAGUGUUUCUCGGAGUCACUUACAGAGGAGCUUUUGGCGACAGUAUGCAUUUGAUGUGAAGGAGAAGGUGUACAAAAAUCGGCGUUAUGGAUUUUUGGUUCUUCAACCGGCACCGGAUUGGGAGUGCCAGCUUCGGAUACCCGGCUUUUGGUCAGGCAAGAGCUAGACGGUCACUGACGACGAUGUCCGAAAAGAUUCGAACCAUUGUUACGGGGUUUGAGACGAGUGAUUGAGUUCAUGACGCAUAGUUUAAUACACACACGGGUUGUGGCUCAAGUCAGUGCUAGUCACUGUCCUUGGGCCAUAGGCUGAAUGA